AUGCCGCCGAAGAAGAAGUCACUGCUGAAGGUCAUCAUCUUGGGCGACAGCAGCGUGGGGAAAACCUCGUUGAUGAACCAGUAUGUGAAUAAGAAGUUUUCAAAUCAGUACAAAGCUACCAUCGGAGCGGAUUUUCUUACCAAAGAUGUUGUCAUUGAUGACAAAGAAGUCACCAUUCAAAUUUGGGACACAGCUGGGCAGGAGCGGUUCCAGAGUUUAGGGGUGGCCUUCUACCGCGGCGCGGACUGCUGCGUUCUGGUUUUCGAUGUUACGAACCCGAAGUCAUUUGACAGUCUUGAAUCUUGGAAGGACGAAUUUCUCAUACAGUCUUCUCCCGCCGACCCCGACGCCUUUCCCUUUGUUGUCCUGGGAAACAAAGUGGAUGAGAGUGAGCGACAGGAGUAUAAUUUGAUUAUAUAUGAUCAUCACUUUGCGGCAUUCUGUCAUCGCUUUUCAGCAGUAAUGUCUGAGCUGUUGUUCACACUGUGA